AUGGCCGCCGAUCCGGAGUCGCGUGUCGCGGCGCUCGAGAACGAAAAGCGUCGGCUUCUCGAGAGCUGGCAACGCGAGCGCGAGAAGUGUGCGAGUCAGCAAGAUGAGCUCGCCGCUCUAACGGCCCGGCACCAGUCCGUGCGUACAGAGCUAGCGUCGACGACACUCGCACUGGAGCAGGCGCAUGCCAAUGAACAUACUACGAAGCUGCGGACGCGCGCGCUCGAGCAGGGACUAGCUCUUGCGCAGAAUGAUGCCGAGUGGGCGCACACGGAACUCACACGUGAGCGCGAAGCCCAUGCGACGACGCGUGCCGACCUGUAUAGCCGUGCAGCGCAGGCGGAAGCGGCGCGCGAGAUGGCCGAGCAGGAACGCACAUCAGCAGCUGCACAGCUUGCGCAGGCCGAGCGCCUACUGACGGAAGCACAGACGCGGCACGCCGAUGCCAUUCACACGAACUCAGAAUUGCGCAUGCGAUUGUCAUCGCAGGAACGCGAUGCACAGCUCGCCAAGUCGGCCGCCGACCAGGCCAUCGAGCUGUCCGAGGCCCGGGUGCAGCGCGCCGAGCAGCGUGCGAUGGAGCUCGAGUCCAGCUGCGACGCGCUGAUGGCCGAGUGCGCAGCACGCGAGCGCGAUGCCCGCGCCGAGGCCGACGAGGCCAUCGCGGAUCGUGAGCGCCUCGAGCAAGACGUGGUGUCCCUGCAAGAGGCGCUCGAUCGCAUGGCACGUGCCCUGGGCGUCGAAGACGCCUCGGACGAUGGCCUGAUGAUGCCAUCACGUGCCGCUUCGUUGGCGGCGCAGGUCCGCCACGAAGGCAAGCGGUUUAGUGACGUGUACAUUGAUGCAGCGCGGACGGAAGAGGCACUUCGGCGCGAGAGCGAGGAGCGGGCGCGUCUUGAGGGCGUGCUGACCGAGGUCAUGGCUGAUCUCGAUGCACAUGCACCGCAACUCAAGGCACAGCGCGCCGAGGCCGCGCAGCUCCGCUCAGAUCUCGAUGCGGCCCUGGAAGAGCUUGAGGAGGCACGCAGGGAACGCGAUGAUGCCAAGGCGAUGCAUACCUCCCUGUGUGCCGAGAUCGAGCGCGUGCGUCGCGAGCACGCCCUUGACGCACAGCAACUGGAAGACGCAACGGCUCAGGUCCGCACCUUGCUUCGCGAGACGAUCCUCCUCAAGGACCCGUCAGCGGCCGAACGACUCGCUGACGACAACGAUGCGCCGGCCACCGGCGAUAUCCAGGACGUCAUUUCUGAGGAGCUCGUCACGUUCCGCUCGCUGGCUGAGCUGUGUGCGCAAAAUCAGCGGCUCCUCCAGGCUGCGCGCGAGCUUGGCCAGCAGCUUGAGGCCCGCGAGCCGCGCGACGACGAGCUCAAAGAGGCUGCCGACAUGCUCGAGCGCGUCACGCGCGAACUCGAGACAGAGCGUGCGUCACUGCAUGAUGCUCGCCGCGAGCGCGACAUGUAUCGCAAUGUGUGUCUUGCCAAGGGUCUCGAAACCAGUGACGCAGCGCCUGAAGCACCCAAGCCCGUUGAGCCAUCAUUCCCUCCCUCCGUGCUCGCCGACCUACAGCGCGAGGCGGCAGCGCGCGCUGCCGCCGAGGAGCGCAUUCACAUGCUGCAAGAGACAACCAAGUUCCACGAGACACGCCUCGCUGAAGCAGCCACACAGGCCUCGCAUCUUCAAGCUGCCUUGGACCGCCGCGAUGCUGCUGUGAGAGAGGCCGAGCAGGCCCUUGCGGCAAGCCGUGCCGCCCAGCACGAUGCCUUGACGCGCCUCGCCGCUCGCGACGCCGAGCUGCGUCUGGUGCAGGAGCAGCGCGACUCGCUUCUCACGGACAACAGGCGCCUAGGCGAAGCGCGAGCGGCCGCCGAGGCAGCUGCGCGCGACGCACACAAGGUGGAUGCCGAGCACACACAGGCGCACGCAGCGCAUGUGGAACGUCUGCAGCACGAACUUGCCGUGCUGCGUGCGACGUCCACGACACAGGAAAGCCAUGCGGCCGAGGCGCGCGCUGAGGCAGCCGCUGCCUCUUUGCGGCGCGAGACUGAGACACACGAGCUGCGCGAGCGUCUCGAGGCACUAGCGCAGCAGCAUGCAGCGGCGCGCGAGGCGCUGGCGACGGCGCAGUCCGAUGCCCAGCACCAGGAGCGGCGCGUCUCCGAUCUGACGGUACAGCUUGAGCAUGCACACCACGUCGCAUCCCUCCUGGAAAAGCAGCAAGCAGCAGCUGAGGAGCGCUGGCGCACAUCGAUUGCAGCAGCUGUGGGUGCUCCAACGGGGGAUGCUGUUCUGCCGCCCGAGCGUCAUCUCGAGAUGGAACUGGCUGACGUGCGUCGUGGCCGAGCGGCUGCGGAAGCCGAGACUCUGGCCGCUCGUUCGGCUCUGGCCGAGGCGCAAGCGACGCAGGAGCGUCUUCAGGCGGAUCUCGAGCAGGCCCACAAGGACUUGAGCGACGCGCGCCAGGCCGCCGAACAUGAUCGAGCCGAGACGGCUCAGCGUAUCCAGGCCCUCGAGGAGCAAUGCCAUGCGGCGUCUGCACGGGUUACGGCCCUUGAAGACGAGCUCAAGGCACAGACGGAGCGCCAUGCCGCCGAGACCCGUGAGUGGGAAGGCGCUGUCACGGGGCUCCAAGACGCCGAGGCCCGCGAGGCCACCGAGCAUGCCUCGGCAUGGGACGAGGUGCGCCGAUUCAGUGCGCAGGCAAACGACGCCGAAGCGCGCGCCAAGGCAGCCGACGAAGGACGUGCUGCGGCUGAAGCAGAGAUCGCAUCGCUGCGGGCAGACAUGGCUCGUCUACGUGACGAGGCCGAGAAGCUGCGCACGGCCAAGGACAUGCUGGCCGCUGAGCACAACAAGUACGUCCUGGAUGCGCAGGCACGUGUCCUGGCGCUCGAAAAGGCCGAGGCUAGUCUGCAGACGCAACGCGACGACUUGCAACAGGAGAAUGACCAGCUCCACACCCACCUCGAGGCGGUCAGCAAGCAAAUUGCGACGAUGCACUCCGACGAAGUCGCCAAAGUCGAGAAUGACGAAGCGCCUGCCGCGCCUGCGACAGGCGAGCUGCAAGUACUGCGCUACCUCCGCCGCGAGAAGGACGUGCGGGAGCUCGAGCGUGACAUGGCCGUCCAGGAACGCACACGGACCGAGGCGGCCCUUACACGGACGCAAGAGGCACUCUCAGCAUGCCGUGCCGAGCUCGCUGCGGCCCAAGAAGCUGCCAAGGCACCUGUGCCCAACACACAGUACACAGAGCUACUCGACAAGAUCCACCAGCUGAGUGCUCUCCGCGAACAUGUCGCCACACUGACCGAGGCCCAACAGGCCCUUGAGGCUCGCAACCAGACCCUCGAGACACAGCUGCAGCAUGCACAAGCGGAGCUGCAGCCACACCGCGAGCGCCUGCAGCAUGCACAGGCCGAGCUCGAUGCAUUACAGAGCCAGCUGCGUGUCGUCCAGGAGGACGUCGCUCGGUGGAAAGCUCGCGCCUCAGGUCUCUUGCAACGCAGCGGCGUCGAGCAAGCGAUGCAGCAGGCCGAGCAGGAGCGUGGACAAGCCCAGGCCCGCAUUGAGCAGGCCCAGGCCGAGACGGCGCGGCUCUCGACCGAGUUGCAAGCCGCCAACAAGCGCUUUGAGCAGCUGCGCGAACAGGUCCGAGCACGCAUCACUCAGGAGCGUCGUGCUGUGGCUGAGGCCGUAGAGCGGUCCAAGCAGCUCGAGACGCAGGCGCAGGCGUCCGAGGAAGCCAAGCAGGCCCUCGAGAACAAGCUCGCCGAGCUCGAAAAGAAGGAACAGGAGAUCAAGGACGAAGAGCCCAAGGACGAGGGCACGAAGGAUGAGGCGAAUGGAGCCCCUGCCGAUGCACCCAGUGAGCAUCCUGCCGAGGCACCUCAGGCCACCGAUGCCACGAGCGCCUCCGACACCCCUGACGCUUCGGCGCCGGCCGCCGAGACACCCGAUAUCCCCUCGCUCGAGCAGCAGCUGCGUGCCAAGACCGAGGAGUGCGAGAAGCACAAGCACUUUGCGCGCACGUUUCUCAAGGAGAAGCGCGCCGCCGAGGCCCAGCUCAAAUCACUCCAGGAGCAGCCGGCGGAUCAGGCACUGCAGACGCGCAUCACAGAACUCGAGGGCCUGCUUGCCCAGGCCAACGCACGCAUCUCCGAGCUCGAGACGGAGCUUGCCCACAUCAAGGACGAGAGUGUCAAGGCCGUCAAGGCCAAGGAAGACGAAUUGCAAGCAUUACGCAAUGCACCUGAAGGCACAGCUGCUGUCCAGGCCAAGGAGGCCGAGCUGCAGGCGCACUACCAGCCGCUGCUGCAGUCGCGCUACGAGGACGGCAAACGUGAGGCGGCCCUGCGUAACCAGAUCAUGAUUGGUCAGCGCGAUAAGAAAAUCACGAACCUCACGAACGAGAUUGCCGAGCUCAAGACCAAGCUGGGCGUCGAUGCACCGCCAGCCGCAGCAGCCAAGACGUCCGAGCAGAAGGAGACACCCGCCUCCAACCCCCGCCCGGCUGUGGUGCGCGGCGGCCGCGGCGGCGCAGCUCCAAAACCCGUGCCCAUCAAGGCAUCUGAAGCAGGCACAUCGAUCCGCGGUGCAGCAGCGUCGCGUGGACGUGGUAAUGGACCUGCUGUACUCGCUGUGGCUGGCGGCGCCAAGCGCAAGCGCGAGCUGCAUGCUUCUACGGACGAUGCUAAACCGGCCCCCAAGCCCGCCACUACGAAAAAGUCACGGGCCGAGAACAAGAAUGCCAACGAUACAUAG